CCGUCAGGAUGAGAGCAGGUGCGUUAUUGGCUGUAGCUGCGGCUGCCGGCCUUCUGUCCAUGGCAGCGACAGCGGCGUCAAGACCUCGCCGGCAGCUGGCCGCCCAGCCGCGACCCCCCUCCGCCGUCGACGAGGCUCCGCCCUUCUCCAUCACACAGUCGAUCCUACGCUUCACGUCGGCACUCGGUGACCGGAUCGGCGGCGGCAACGUGGUCAUCUCGCCCUUCUCAAUCGUCAGCGUGCUGAACCUGCUGCUGCUGGGAGCCGCUGACAACACGUACGAGCAGCUGCGACAGGUGCUGCAGUACCCGUUCGAGUGGAUGGACCUGCUGAUUCACCAGCAGAGCGGCAUUCAGCUUCAGUCGCUGCGCCGAGAGACCCGCGGUGUCAACGUCCAAAUCGCCAACCGGAUCUUCACCGACUCGGCGUUCGCGAUUGACAGGGAGUUCGCGCGACAGGCGCGUGACUUCUACCAGGUGUGCGUGCCGAUGAUGUUCGCCGAGCUGACGGUGCCGUUCGUCAGCUACUCGCGCGAGGGUUUUGCGGCCGUGGCGCUGCCGUACGCCGGUGCCGAGUACGCCAUGGUGGUGCUGAUGCAGUUUUCGCUGGCGCUGCGGGACAUCCUGCAGGAGAUGGGUGCCACGGACCUGUUCCAGGAGUCGCGCGCCUCGCUCGGCCGGUACGGAGCGUCGGCGGUGACCACCACGCUGGUCAACCGCGACCGGCUGGCCACCACCUUCCGCGCCAACCGACCCUUCCUCUUCGUCAUCCGCGACAACAAGACGGGCGUGCCGCUCUUCUACGGACGCAUGCUGCGCCGAGGAGGGUGUGCCUCGACCGGCCGCGCGGACAGACCUAGACCAUGGUACUAA